CUCUGGCGACGGGAGGAGUUCAGUUCCUGCUCACACGGUGUGUUUGUGUUGUGUAAGUCACAUAUUAACUUAAUUCAGUUCAGUGUGCGAUCCAAACACGAGCAGAGGACUUUAUUGAACACGUCAGAGGAGCGUCUGAUGCUGUCAGAUGCGCUUCAACGACACGGAACUGCUGUUACGAUGAGAUCUAACGACGAGUUCGUGUUUUAAGAGCCAAACAUGAGAUUUAACGAGAAAGAGCUGGUGUUCCUGAGCCGCCAGCCGUCAGAGAGAUCGGCCGAGCUGGGCAUGAGAGGCCCGAAGAGAGGAGACGUGGUGAAGAGGCGUCUGGUGAAACUGAUCGUCAACUUCCUGUUUUACUUUCGGACCGAUGAGGAGGAGCCCAUGGGUGCUCUUCUGUUGGAGCAGUGUCGGGUGGAGAGAGAAGACGAGCUUGUUUUCUCUGUUGUGUUUCUAGAUGAGGCGGAGCGGAAGUAUUUGUUUGAAUGUGAUUCUCGGAUGCAGUGCGUGGAGUGGAUAGACGCCAUCAUGAAAUCCAGUUACGAAUUCAUGCGCAAAAACCUCAUAUUCUACCGCACUGAAAUCCAUCGAUUGACUGGCAAGGACCCUCUGGAGCAGUACGGGAUUUCAGAUGAGACACGCUUUCAGGUCAACACUGGUCUUCCUCCUCUGCCUCCACCGCUUCCGUGAACGCGUCACAUUCGUCUGUAGAUCACUGUACGUUCAUAGAGAUGACAUCACUGUAAUGAGCGUCUGCUGUGUUGAGCCAGUUGCAAUAGUUGUAUUAUUUUGGUGUCAAGGCGAGCGGGAUAAAAUGGGCCGAUUUCUCUCGGAAGCUAAAAGGAAUUUGAUUUCAUUCGUUUUGUGUGGACAUGCUUACAGCUUUAGCACAUUAUCAUCAACAUCAUCUUUCUCGUUUAAGUGCACUAAACUGUGUAGUGUUCAGUAAUGAUGCGAGUCGGGGUCUAUAUUCAGGGCACUAUUUGUUAAACAUUUCUUUUGCCUCUCGUGCUGCAUGAGCUGACCAGCUCUCAUUUCACAUCACAAUCAAAGGGAAAAUGUGUCUAAUAGAUUUAAAACAAAUGUGUUUUUAAGAGCACACGAUGUCAUCUUUAUGAUAAUGAAUCACAUCUCAUUACUAUAAUGACUGAGUAUUCUCAUUAUUUUCAUUUUUCUUUUCUAAUUGAUUUUGAGGUGAAUUACGAGCUGGACAUUUGGUUGUGACAAUUACACAAACACACAGUUUUAAACCUAGUGAUUUCAUAUUUGUCAGAAUUAGAUGAUGAAUUUGUGGUGUGUGGUAAAGAAGCAGAUGAAAGUAUGCCGAAUGAGUUGAAAUGUACACUUACUCCUUUAUCAAAAGAACAUGUUGUGUUCAGAUGGGUUUGGUUUAACUGGUCGGAGUCUUGUGCACAUGAAGGGCACUCAACAGCAAAAUAUGAGGAGAUGACUUUUAUUAUGUAAUCGUGGGUUUAAUGCACGUUUUCCAUAACUUUAAUAAUGCAGCUGUUAUUUCAGGAUAUUAUGAAUGUUUUGUUUGAACUUUCGUGCGGCAAAAGCCUUCAGCAAUUGCUUGUUCCCAAUGUCACGAUCUGAAAAUGAUCUUAUUUUCUUAAUAAAAACGAUAUAUUCCUCUUAAA